GUUUGUAAUUCUGAUCGCUCUGCGGAAGUCAGUGACUGAGUAGAAGGAGAAUCGACGACAAAAAAACAGUGCCCUCUCAUGGAUACCUCUCUACUCAACGAAGCCUUGGCCUCCAACUCCUUCGACAAGAUUGCUGAUAUUUGUGACAACCUCAUGCUUCAGAGUGCCGCUGAGGGCAUCAAUUUUCAAGACGACUGGCCGUACGCGAUUCACCUUCUAGGACAUAUCUACAACAAUGACAUUAAUAGUGCGCGAUUUAUGUGGAAGAAGAUACCUGCAGCCAUAAAGGAAGCCCGGCCCGAGGUGGUGGCAGUUUGGAAGAUUGGGCAGAAGCUUUGGACAAGGGACUAUGCCGGUGUGCACGAGGCUAUUCGUGAAUUCACCUGGAGUCCUGAGGUUCAGCCCAUUGUAGCUUCCUUUGCAGAAUUAUACAAAAAAAGGAUGUUUGAGCUCCUGCUUUCUGCUUAUUCAACCAUUAGCACACAAGAUGCAGCUCACUUCCUGGGAAUGAAUGAAAAUGAUGCUACAAACUAUGUGCUGCAACAGGGCUGGGUGUUGGAUUCGGCUUCUCAAAUGCUUACUGUGAAGAAGCAGGCAGUUGUAACAGAACAGAAGUUAGACCCCAGUAAAUUACAGCGCUUGACAGAAUAUGUGUUCCAUCUUGAGCACUAACCAGUUUGUUGGUUCCGGGAUUUCUAAAUCUGGUAGUCAUUAGGUGUUUUUGUUACUCUUUAAGUGGUUGGAGAAAUUAGGUGGCAAAAUUUUAUAGCAACAGAUCUAAGCAUGGAUCCGAUGAUUAUUAUCUCUCUUGGUAACUAUAUUACUACGAUGAAGUCGAGAAGAGAGCACAGUUCUUCGGAAACUUUCUUCGUUAGGGGGCAUUAGUAGAUAUUGAACAAUGUCGAACAGUUCUUUGAUUUAAUUUUUCAUCUUUUCUCUAAA